CCCAACCUUCCAAGUUUUUUUGUCACAGUCGCAUAGCCUUCUUCGUACCGCAACCAUGGGGAAGACACGUGGGAUGGGAGCUGGUCGCAAGUUGAAGACCCACCGUAGAAACCAAAGGUGGGCUGAUAAGGCAUAUAAAAAGUCCAACCUCGGCAAUGAGUGGAAGAAGCCAUUUGCUGGCUCCUCUCAUGCAAAAGGCAUUGUUCUUGAGAAAAUUGGUAUCGAGGCAAAACAGCCAAAUUCUGCUAUUAGAAAAUGUGCUCGAGUCCAGCUAAUUAAGAAUGGAAAGAAGAUUGCAGCUUUCGUUCCCAAUGAUGGUUGUUUGAACUACAUUGAAGAAAAUGACGAAGUGCUGAUUGCAGGAUUUGGUCGUAAAGGGCAUGCUGUUGGAGAUAUUCCUGGGGUCAGAUUUAAGGUCGUAAAGGUUUCAGGUGUGUCUCUUCUGGCCCUCUUCAAGGAGAAGAAGGAGAAACCAAGGUCAUGAACACUUGCCUCAAAACGCUUCUUUGUCUUUUUUGAGCAGUUUAUUUCCCCGUAUCCCUUUGCACUUCUCCUUUUAUCUUUCCUGUUUACUGCUGUUAAGUGAAUAUUUUCCUCAGUUGAAAGUAUUAGGAAUUUAUUCUUUUCUUCUGA